UGCCUGCCACCAAAAGAGGAGAUUGUUGAACAUAUGCCGAAAUCCUUCAGGAAUUUUAGUAAUGUCAGAGUGGUGGUUGACUGUACUGAAAUUCCCGUAGGUCAGCCAAGCUGUCUCCGGUGUGCAAUUCAGUCCUAUUCUUAUUAUAAGAAAACUUUUACGGCUAAAUACAUGAUUUCUGUGACACCAGCUGGGCUGAUCGCUCAUAUCAGUGAUGGUUAUGGGGGAAGGGCAUCAGAUAAAGCAAUUUUUGAGCAGAGUGGGCUUAUUAGCCUCUUGGAUCCAAUAUCCGAUGCAGUAAUGGCUGAUCGCGGCUUUUUGAUCGACAGCAUUUGUGCAGACCACCUUGUUGAACUCAUCAGGCCACCAUUCAAAAAAAAGCAAACGCAGCUGUCCAAAGGCGAUGCACUGCGCACACAAAAAAUUGCGUCUGCCCGUGUACACGUUGAACGAGUGAUCCAGCGGCUCAAGCUUUUCAAGAUACUAACCACCAGAGUUCCUUGGGGCAUGAUAGGACAGCUGGAUGAUAUAAUGGUGGUAGUCGCAGGAAUUACUAACCUCUCACCGCCCAUAAUUGCAGAGCAUAGAUUUUUGUGA